AGAGAGCGAGCGCGUCUCUACUUCUAUUUGUUUAUCGACGAAUAAACAAAAGUUGACCGUUAAAAAAAACUCGCCUUUAAUUUUUACGAACCCCGGGGGAUGUUUAUUCGCUUGUUUUCAUCCCGCUGCAGUAUUUAUUUUAUUUUAUUCCCCACACGUUGAAGCGAGCACGUGAGAGAGAAAAACAAUGGACGAUGGAAGUAAACAACCACACUCAUUUGGGAACGGACAACAACGAGCUCAACACCCCCGACCUUUCUUCUACGUGCAGCCGCCGUCUCAGCCGUACUACCUCUCCCAGCAGUGGCAGAUGAACAACCCCUACAGCCACUACGGCGUGCCUGGAGGUCUUAACUUCGGCCGUCCCUGCAUGCAGCCGUACCAGUACAUGCAGUAUCCGGGGUUUGUUUUCCCACAAGCCCCGAUCUAUCCCAUGGAUUACAGGCGGAUGUUUGAGCCCCGCUUCCACGCUCCCACCUGGAAUGACAUGCAGCAGUAUCAACAGCAUCAGCAGCAGCAGCAGCCUUACGGGCGUCGGGAGACGGCCUGCUCGGAGGCCCAGACCGACCCCAGCGACGCCAUAACCAAACUCAUCGAAUGCCUGGAUAAGAUCCGAUCCACCGAGCUGCAGGGCGCCGAGCGAGAACUCGACUCUGGCGUCGCCUCGCAGUCCUCUGGGAUGUUUUCUCCAGCGGAAGAGAAGAAAAGCGAAGCGCAGGGUCACGUCCGGCCUCCGGCGCCCAACGACGACGACGACAUCGGCGGCCAUCCGGAGUCCCCGGCUGUGACCUUCGGCGACUCCACGGCGGCGGUGUACGACGGGGAGUCCAGCCAAAGGAGCUUAGGCGGCCUGAGCCCUCGGGGAUGCUGGUCGGCGGCUCUGGAAGAGGAGUUGCCGCUCGACAGCUCUUCCGUUCACGAAGAGAAUCCCGAGCUGGAGCGGCAGACGCCCGCGGCGGACGGCGAACACUUCCUCCCGGAGGUCGCGGAUAUCAAGUCAGAUAUCUCGGCGGCCGACGCAAGUGUUCCCAAAUGUGACGCCGAAGAGCUCCUGAAGCGGAGGGUGGAUUCAAUCUUACCGUCGUCUUCUUCUUCUUCUUCUUCCUCCUCCUCUUCAUCUUCUUUUACCUCCAGUCAUCCGGCGCUUAAAGAUGCUAAAAGUGGCGACAAAGUCUCAAAGUCUGAUUCAAGCUAUCAGAUCCUCAAGCUGCCUUUUGAGAGCGUUUUGACCCCAGGAGACGCCGGAGCCGCUCGCCUCUCCUCCCCGACGGCGCCGUACUACUACAACUACCUGUCCAUGCAGACCACCCACGAGCGGAUGAGCGUCCUCAGUCCGUCUCUGGACGAGCUGUCCUCCAGAGACGAGAUGUUCUCCACCGAUCUGGACGACGCUGACCUUUUCCCCAAACGCCUGUACGCGGGCCGGAGGCUUUCGGAGGCCUUGAGCGGGUCCCCGCAAGCCGCCGACGCCGUGGAGGAAGUGUGGCUGCCCGGCUCGAAGAGGUUCAUGUGCGCCUGCUGCGGGAAAAGCCUGGCGAAAAGCGCCGGAAGGAGCAAAGGCCACAGCGGCAAGAUGUUCAGGGACCAGGAAGGAGACUCCGAGGAGGAGAGCAGGUACGUGAGAGGGUGCGAGCAGCCGCUCAGAGUGGUCGUGAGGAAGCAUUCUGCACCCAGGAAGCUCCACGGCGUCCCACCGAGACAUGGCACGCCGAAACCCUGGCACAAAAGAGGCCAAUGCAAAGAGCCGUCCGACCCGGCGACCCAGGAGGAAGGGCGGGAGGUUUGCAAGCAGGCGCCGGCUGGCGGUGAGGCCGGAGAGACGGCCGGCGGCGAGCUGCAGUGCAGGACGUGUACGGACGGACUCUGCAGAGAAGAUGUGACCACGUCGGACCAAAGCAGGUGGGGAGACGGUGACGUGAUUCCCAGGAGGAGACCGGCGAACCUUCUGCAGCGACAAGAGACGAGUUCUCAGAGGAAAGCGAUGUACCACAGGUCCAGAGACGAGGACGAUGAGCCGCCACCGCUGCACUGGGAGAGAGGCUCCACGAUGAGAGAACCAAGAUGUUAAUGUCCCCAAAGUGUGUUGAACUGUAGGUGAA